AAGGAGCAUAUAGAAUAAAUUAAUUUAAUAGAAAUGGAUGAGAGAAUUUGUAUAUCUGAGGAAGAAAAGAGUGAAAGUAGCAGACCCUCUUCUGCAAGUCUUAGAAGAAAACGUUCAUUCUUCGAUUUGAAUGAAGAAGCUGUGGAUGAUGGAGAUGGUAGCACCAGUGAUGAUCCCAUCAGUAACAAUGAGAUAUCAUCUCAAGAGGGUAAUUUGAGUAGUAACAAUAACUCAAGUGAUGAAGGGAAAGAGCGUGGAACUGCUGUUAGGCAAUAUGUUCGGUCCAAAAUGCCAAGACUCCGUUGGACCCCUGAUCUUCAUUUAGCUUUUGUGCAUGCUGUCGACAGGCUUGGUGGACAAGAAAGAGCAACCCCCAAGUUGGUUCUCCAGUUGAUGAAUGUGAGAGGACUUAGCAUUGCACAUGUAAAGAGCCAUUUACAGAUGUAUCGAAGUAAAAAGCUUGAUGAGUCUGGCCAAGUUUUGUCUCAGAAUAGGGCAAUGCAGGGAAGGCACAGUAUUUUCGAUAUGUAUGGAAGACUCAAUGCCCCACGACACUUUGUGGUUGAUAACAGAAAUUAUGUUCCAUCAUCUCUGCUCAUGGAACAAUCACCUUAUCAGAUCAGUGCUCACUCUUCAAGUGUUUCUCUCUGUAGAUUACACCCGACAGGGUUUUUCAAUAGUCACCACAUGAUGAUAAGAUCUAGUUCAGUGUGGGACAAAGAUCUGCGUAAUUAUCAGUAUCAGCGUAGUUCUUGCAGUCCUAACUUCACUGGCCACGCCAAGUUUGAUGCCGAGGUAAUAAAACUGCUACCUUAAUCACAAUUUGAUUUGCCUAAUUAUGAGAAUAAGUAAAUUAAAAGAUUUUCUUAUAUAUAUGGUUUCUCUCCAAUGCAAUUCUAUAUACAACUUAUUUUUUAAGCACCAAUCCCCAGUUUAUACAAUGUUUUGCUUCUGAUGAGAUGUGAAUGUGGCAACGAUAGCUUUAACUGCUGCAUUU